GAGGGCUGUUGGCCUGCUGCUGUGCUGCUGAACAGUAUGCAGUCCUUUCGGGAGCAAAGCAGUUACCACGGAAACCAGCAGAGCUACCCACAGGAGGUACACAGCUCAUCCCGUAUAGAAGAGUUCAGCUCUCGUCAGGCCCAGAUGUUCCAGAAUUUCGGGAGCGCAGGUGGUGGCAGCAGUGGCUCCGGUGGUGGCAGUGGUGGUGGACGGCGAGGAGCAGCAGCUGCUGCUACAGCAAUGGCCAGCGAGACCUCUGGCCAUCAGAGCUACCAGGGUUUCAGAAAAGAAGCUGGAGACUUCUACUACAUGGCAGGCGGCAAAGACCCCGUGGCAGCAGGAACCCCGCAGCCACCUCAGCGAAGGCCUUCUGGGCCUGUGCAGAGCUACGGACCUCCCCAGGGGAGCAGCUUUGGCAAUCAGUAUGGGAGUGAGGGUCAUGUGAGCCAAUUUCAAGCACAGCACUCUGCCCUUGGUGGUGUGUCUCAUUAUCAGCAGGAUUACACAGGGCCUUUCUCUCCUGGGAGUGCUCAGUACCAACAGCAGGCCUCCAGCCAGCAGCAGCAGCAACAGCAGCAGCAGCAGCAACAGCAGCAGCAGCAGCAGCAAGUACAGCAGUUGAGACAACAGCUUUACCAAUCCCAUCAGCCUCUGCCUCAAGCCACUGGCCAGCCAGCCUCUGGCUCGUCCCAUCUACAGCCAAUGCAGCGGCCUUCAACCCUGCCAUCCUCUGCUGCUGGGUACCAGUUAAGAGUGGGUCAGUUUGGCCAACACUACCAGUCUUCUGCUUCCUCUUCCUCCUCCUCCUCCUUUCCUUCACCACAGCGUUUCAGUCAGUCUGGACAGAGCUAUGAUGGCAGUUACAGUGUGAAUGCUGGAUCCCAGUACGAAGGGCACAAUGUGGGUUCUAAUGCUCAGGCUUACGGAACACAAUCAAAUUACAGCUAUCAGCCACAGUCUGUGAAAAAUUUUGAACAGGCAAAGAUUCCCCAAGCAGCCCAGCAGGGGCAGCAGCAGCCGCAGCCGCAGCAACAGCAGCAGCCGCAGCAGCAGCAGCAACAGCCACAGCAGCAGCAGCAACAGCCACAGCAGCAGCAUCCCUCUCAGCAUGUGAUGCAGUACACCAAUGCUGCCACAAAACUGCCCCUUCAAGGCCAGGUGGGGCAGUACAACCAGCCUGACGUUCCUGUGAGGUCCCCCAUGCAGUUUCACCAGAACUUCAGCCCCAUUUCUAACCCUUCUCCUGCCGCCUCUGUGGUUCAGUCACCAAGCUGUAGCUCUACCCCUUCUCCUCUCAUGCAGAGUGGGGAGAGUCUCCAGUGUGGGCAAAGCAGUGUGCCCAUGGGCUCCAGAAACCGAAUUUUACAGCUGAUGCCUCAACUCAGUCCAACCCCGUCUAUGAUGCCCAGUCCGAAUUCUCAUGCUGCCAGCUUCAAAGGGUUUGGGCUAGAAGGGCUGCCAGAAAAGCGGCUGACAGAUCCUGGGCUGAGCAGUCUGAGUGCUCUCAGUACUCAAGUGGCCAAUCUCCCUAACACUGUUCAGCACAUGCUACUUUCUGAUGCCUUGACACCUCAGAAGAAGACCUCCAAGAGGCCCUCCUCAUCCAAGAAAGCAGACAGCUGCACAAACUCAGAAGGCUCCUCACAAGCUGAGGAGCAACUGAAGUCCCCCAUGGCAGAGUCUUUGGAUGGAGGUUGUUCCAGCAGUUCGGAAGAUCAAGGUGAGAGAGUCAGGCAGCUGAGUGGUCAGAGCACUAGCUCGGACACCACUUACAAGUGUGGAACCUCUGAGAAAGCAGGCUCCUCACCAGCACAAGGUGCUCAGAACGAGCCUCCCAGGCUCAGUGCCAGUCCUGCAGCUAGAGAAGAAGCUGCCUCCCCGGGUGCUAAGGAUGCACCACUGUCAUCCGAGGGGAACACGAAAGUCAAUGAGAAGACAGUCGGGGUGAUUGUCUCCCGGGAAGCCAUGACAGGUCGGGUAGAAAAACCUGGUGGACAAGAUAAAGGCUCCCAAGAGGAAGAUCCUGCUGCCAGCCAGAGGCCACCUAGCACCAGCGGGGUAAAGGAAGCCAGCCACACGUCACUUCCACAGCCAGACCCUCCAGGAGGAGGGAGCAAAGGGAGCAAGAAUGGAGACAGCAGCUCCAGCCAUAAUGGCGAGGGAAAUGGCCAGAGUAGCCACACUGCAGUGGGCCCAAGUUUCACAGGCAGGACUGAGCCUAGCAAGUCUCCUGGAAGCUUGCGCUACAGUUACAAAGAGAGCUUUGGGCCAGCUGUACCACGAAAUGUCAGUGGUUUUCCUCAGUAUCCUACAGGGCAAGAAAAGGGGGAUUUUACUGGCCACGGGGAACGAAAGGGUAGAAAUGAGAAGUUUCCAAGCCUCCUGCAGGAAGUACUUCAGGGCUACCACCACCACCCUGACAGGAGGUAUUCUAGGAGUGCUCAGGAGCAUCAGGGUAUGGCCGGUGGCCUAGAAGGAACUGCGAGGCCCAACAUCUUAGUUAGUCAAACCAAUGAAUUAGCCAGCAGGGGCCUUCUGAACAAGAGCAUUGGCUCCCUGUUAGAAAAUCCCCACUGGGGCCCCUGGGAAAGGAAAUCUAGCAGUACAGCUUCUGAAAUGAAACAGAUCAAUUUGGCUGACUACCCCAUUCCCAGAAAGUUUGAGAUAGAACCCCCAUCAUCAGCCCAUGAGCCUGGGGGCUCCCUUUCUGAGAGGAGAUCAGUGAUCUGUGAUAUUUCUCCACUAAGACAGAUCGUCAGGGACCCAGGGGCUCACUCAUUGGGGCACAUGGGUGCUGACACCAGAAUUGGGAGGAGCGAACGUCUCAACCCAAGUUUAAGUCAGUCAGUCAUUCUUCCAGGUGGGUUGGUGUCCAUGGAAACAAAGCUGAAGUCCCAGAGUGGGCAGAUAAAAGAGGAAGAUUUUGAGCAGUCUAAGUCCCAAGCUAGUUUCAACAAAAAAUCUGGAGACCACUGCCAUCCUGCUAGCAUCAAGCAUGAGUCUUACCGUGGUAAUGCCAGCCCUGGAGCAGCCCAUGAUUCCCUUUCGGACUAUGGCCCUCAAGACAGCAGGUCCACGCCAAUGCGGCGGGUCCCUGGUAGAAUUGGUAGUCGGGAGGCCAUGAGGGGUCGGUCCCCUUCUCAGUACCAGGACUUUGCAGAAAAAUUGAAGAUGUCUCCUGGCAGGAGCAGAGGCCCAGGAGGAGACCCUCACCACAUGAACCCCCACAUGACUUUUUCAGAGAGGGCCAAUAGGAGUUCAUUACAUGCUCCUUUUUCUCCCAACUCCGAAAGCCUGGCCUCUGCUUACCACACAAAUGCCCGGGCUCAUGCUUACGGGGACCCCAGUACAGGUUUGAAUUCUCAGCUCCAUUAUAAGAGACAGAUGUACCAGCCGCAACAAGAGGAGUAUAAAGAUUGGAGCAGCAGUUCUGCUCAGGGAGUGAUUGCUGCUGCACAGCAUAGGCAAGAAGGGUCACGGAAGAGCCCACGGCAGCAGCAGUUUCUUGACAGGGUACGGAGCCCCCUGAAAAAUGACAAAGAUGGUAUGAUGUAUGGCCCACCAGUAGGGACAUACCAUGACCCCAGUACUCAGGAAGCUGGGCGCUGUCUCUUGUCGAAUGAUGGUCUGCCUACCAAAGGCAUGGAAUUGAAGCAUGGCUCUCAGAAAUUACAAGAGUCUUGUUGGGAUCUUUCUCGGCAAACUUCUCCAGCCAAAAGCAGUGGUCCUCCAGGAAUAUCUAAUCAAAAACGGUAUGGGCCCCCCCAUGAGACAGAUGGACAUGGGCUAGCUGAGUCUGCACAGUCAUCCAAACCUAAUGUGAUGCUACGGCUUCCGGGCCAAGAGGAUCAUUCUUCUCAAAACCCCUUAAUCAUGCGGAGGCGUGUCCGCUCCUUUAUCUCCCCCAUUCCCAGUAAGAGACAGUCACAAGAUGUAAAGAAUAGUAACACUGAAGAUAAAGGGCGCCUCCUUCACCCAUCAAAGGACAGUGCCGAUAAGGCAUACAAUUCCUAUGCCCAUCUUUCUCACAGUCAGGAUAUCAAGUCUGUCGCUAAGAGAGAUUCCUCCAAGGACAUGCCAAACCCAGAUAACAGAAACUGUCCUGCUGUCACGCUCACGAGCCCUGCUAAGACCAAAAUACUGCCUCCACGGAAGGGACGGGGAUUGAAAUUGGAAGCUAUAGUUCAGAAGAUCACAUCUCCAAACAUUAGGAGAAGUGCGUCUACAAACAGUGCUGAGGCUGGGGGAGACACAGUCACACUGGAUGACAUCCUGUCUCUGAAGAGUGGUCCUCCUGAGGGCGGGCCUGUGGCUACUCAGGAGGCGGAGGUGGAGAAGAGAAAAGGUGAGGUGGCCUCUGACCUGGUCAGUGCAGUGAACCAGGAGUCAAGUGCUGAGAAGCCACUUCCCAGGCCUUCAGAAGAGUGGCAUGGCGGUGGGGAUGAUGAAGUGAAGACAGAGGCACACAAAGAAACGGUUCCUACUGGAAAGGAGCCCCCCAGUACCGUGGCAUCCACAACCUCACAGAAGCUUGGUGGCAACCAAGGGAGACCAGAUGGUUCCCUGAGUGGGGCAGCGCCUUUAAUCUUUCCUGACUCAAAGAAUGUAGCUCCAUUGGGCGUAUUGGCCCCAGAGGCAAACCCCAAGACUGAAGAGAAAGAGAAUGAGACAGUCACGAUUUCACCCAAACAAGAAAGUUUCCCCCCGAAGGGGUAUUUCCCAUCAGGAAAGAAGAAGGGGAGACCCAUCGGUAGUGUGAAUAAGCAGAAGAAGCAGCAGCCACCCCCUCCACCCCCCCAGCCCCCUCAAAUUCCAGAAGGUUCUGCAGAUGGAGAACCAAAGCCAAAAAAGCAGAGGCAGCGGAGGGAGAGAAGGAAGCCUGGGGCCCAGCCAAGAAAGCGGAAAACCAAACAAGCAGUUCCCAUCGUAGAGCCCCAAGAGCCGGAGAUCAAGCUCAAGUACGCCACGCAGCCUCUGGAUAAAACCGAUGCCAAGAACAAGUCUUUUUUCCCUUAUAUCCAUGUAGUAAAUAAGUGUGAACUUGGAGCUGUGUGUACAAUCAUCAAUGCCGAAGAAGAAGAGCAGACCAAAUUGGUGAGGAGCCGUAAGGGUCAGAGGUCUCUGACUCCUCCCCCCAGCAGCACGGAAAGCAAAGUGCUCCCAGCUUCGUCCUUCAUGCUGCAGGGGCCUGUUGUGACAGAAUCCUCUGUUAUGGGGCACCUAGUCUGCUGUCUUUGUGGCAAGUGGGCCAGUUACCGCAACAUGGGUGACCUCUUUGGACCCUUUUAUCCCCAAGAUUAUGCAGCCACUCUCCCGAAGAAUCCACCUCCUAAGAGAGCCACAGAAAUGCAGAGCAAGGUCAAGGUUAGGCACAAAAGUGCUUCCAAUGGUUCCAAGACGGACACUGAGGAGGAGGAGGAACAGCAGCAGCAGCAGAAGGAGCAGAGGAGCCUGGCCGCGCAUCCUCGGUUCAAGCGGCGCCACCGCUCAGAAGACUGUGUUGGAGGCCCUCGGUCCCUGUCCAGGGGGCUCCCUUGUAAAAAAGCCGCAGCUGACGGCAGCAGUGAAAAGACCGCUUUGGACUCAAAGCCCUCUGCACCCACCACUUCGGAAGGUGGCCCCGAGCUGGAGCUACAAAUCCCUGAACUACCUCUUGACAGCAACGAAUUUUGGGUCCAUGAGGGUUGCAUUCUCUGGGCCAACGGAAUCUACCUGGUGUGCGGCAGGCUCUAUGGCCUACAGGAAGCGCUGGAAAUCGCCAGAGAGAUGAAAUGCUCCCACUGCCAGGAGGCCGGCGCUACCCUGGGCUGCUACAACAAAGGCUGCUCCUUCCGGUACCAUUACCCAUGUGCCGUCGACGCAGAUUGUUUGCUUCAUGAGGAAAACUUCUCGGUGAGGUGCCCCAAGCACAAGCCUCCCCUUCCAUGCCCUCUCCCCCCCUUGCAGAACAAGACCGUGAAAGGCAGCCUCAGCACAGAGCAGUCGGAGCGGGGGUGAGGGGGGCAGUGUGCACGUGGGAAUGGACAGCAAGCACAGGUGAGACUGUGGAGAUAAGAAGGAGAUGGAGACAUGGGAUGGAGUCCUCCUGCCAUGCGGCCCACACCCCGCCCCGCCCCGCCCCGCCCAUGCCAGCACUUCCUUCCUAUGUUCUCACAUCACUCAAACUGGUGACAUCACAGGAAAGACAGACACAAGAUGUUGGAAUGGCUGUUUCCAUGGACACAAUCUCCAUAGUGACAAUGUGGGG